AUGGACUCGACGAUAAACCAGCUGCCUCAAGAUAUCAUCUUAGAGAUAUGCAAGCAUGCCGUCGCUCUACCCACUUCAUCGGCACCCAGCGGUCACUCCUUCGAAAGUGUCGCUACCCUGCGUCAACUCUUCGGAAACACUCAAUUGCACACGGCAUACGGCGACUCUGAUUCGGCCGUGGAGACCGCACAGAAGGAGUACAUUUCAACCCUAUUCACGCUAUCCCAAGUCUGUCAGUCGUGGCGCGAAACUACACUGAUGAUGCCUUCCUUGUGGUCUCGCCUUCAAGGGGCUCUGCAACACGAAUCGGAUCAUUUGUUCCGCUGCAUGCUCCAACGAUCUGGCACUGCGUCUCUUACCAUAUCCAUUGAAGACAUAGAAAGCCCGUGUUUUGAGACAAUGCAAGACCCCGAUCUUCAAUCCCGCCUCGUCAACUUCCGAUUCUCAAUGUCAGAGACAGGCAGAGAGGCCAUACUCCCUGAACGUCAGUGGGGACGGCUUCUCUUAGUCUUCCCGCUCAGCGCACCUCGUCUAGAGACUCUAGUUCUCUUCGCACCGAAAUGUUUCGACAGUGCCGGCAUAUUUGAUGAACUCAUCGUCUCCGCUAAGUCUGACCCUCUCUUUGGCGCAGACACUGGUUCUCAACUCCGCGCGCUCGCCCUCUGGCCUGGAGUCCUCAUGGCAUCCUCCUACGGACCGUUUCCACGGAUCACUCAUCUCUACUUGAGCUUUUACCGCUGCUACGAGGACGUCAGCAUCACGGCGAUACUCCUCCGCUUCCUCGCCUCCUGCCCCAACAUCGAAUAUACCUUCGUCGAGAAUGCUUUGUUUGAUGAAAUCAUCGACGGGAACGAAUUCGGCCAAGCCACCCGGCGCCCGAUCUCCAUCCCGUCGCUCCGAACUCUCACCUUCAUCGGAUGCGAGUGGAUGUUCAGCUACCACGUCGUCAACAACCUCGCGCUCCCGAACGACGCCCACGUCCACAUUUACUGCCCCGACAAAGGGAGUGCGUCUUACGAUGAUCUCGCGACUCCCCACCUCCCCUUCUUCAAUGGCCCACUCCGCAUGAGCAUCCUGCUCAACUUCCCCUUCGGCUUCUCGCUCGUCUUCAGCGGCCCACCCGACCCAGACCCGAACCAAGCGCGCUCGGUGCGCCCGAACGGGCGCUUUCAGACCACGAACUUCAACGACAUCUACCUCCACAUGCACAAGCCGGACGGCCUCCGCAUGCGCGACAUGCCACUCGCGAACGUCCGCGCGCUCGACGUCUCGUUUGCGCUGACGGCCCGGGACGACGAGUACCUGCCCGCGUUGUUCGAGCGCCUGCCGCGGCUGGAGACGUUCGUCGUGCGCUUCGACAGCGUCAAGUACCGGCUGUACGACAAAACGCCGGACGACCUCGCACGCGUCGUCGGUGCGCUGGGCACGGUCCUGGAUGCGCUUCCGUGGGGCGAUGGGCCCGCGUCGUGCCCCUGCCUGCGGACGCUCGAGGUGUACCUCGAACGGGUCCCCGUGGACGUGGUCGACAGCAUCAAAGCGCGGUGGACCGAGCUGCUCGCCGAGCGCGUCGACGCGCGCGGGGACCGCGAGACGCCGAUUGAGGUGUUGGCUGAGAUCAGGGUGGAGGGGAGGGAGACGGUGGCGCGUUGGCGGUACGCUGAGCUUGGAGCUCUGAACACGUCGACGCCGAGGUCGUGUCUGGAGUGGAUGGACGCUGUGGACGAUCCGCUGGUCGCCGCCACGUCCCAGCGGAAGACACCGGACGAGUCGUGGGUCUUGGAGGACUUGGAGCAAGCAACGGCGUAUUGGGAAGUGCCUUGGCCUGUGGAGAGUCUCUGGAAGACCCGACCGGACUCGUAG